AUGAAUCUCAACUUCACCUCUCCUCUACACCCGGCGUCAUCUCAGAGGCCCACGUCCUUCUUCAUCGAGGACAUCCUGCUGCACAAGCCCAAGCCGCUAAGGGAGGUGGCUUCUGACCACUUCACCAGCUCUCUGGCCUCCCGGGUGCCUCUGCUAGACUAUGGCUGCCCCCUCAUGCCCACACCCACCCUCCUGGCCCCUCACCCCCAUCACCCUCUACAUAAGGGAGACCACCACCACCACCCUUAUUUCCUCACCACCGCGGGGGUGCCUGUCCCGGCGCUAUUCCCGCACCCCCAGCACCCAGAGCUGCCGGGGAAGCACUGCCGCCGCCGCAAAGCUCGCACGGUUUUCUCGGACUCGCAGCUCUCCGGCCUGGAGAAGAGAUUCGAGAUCCAGCGCUACCUGUCCACGCCCGAGCGGGUGGAGCUGGCCACGGCCCUCAGCCUGUCCGAGACGCAGGUGAAAACGUGGUUCCAGAAUCGGCGGAUGAAGCAUAAAAAGCAGCUGAGGAAAAGUCAAGACGAGCCCAAAGCACCUGAUGGGCCCGAGAGCCCCGAGGGCAGCCCCCAUGGCCCCAAGGCCGCACCCGCCGAGGCUCGGCUGGGCCUGCCCACGGGUCCCUUCGUGCUGACCGAGCCGGAGGACGAGGUGGACAUUGGGGACGAGGGGGAGCUGGGCUCAGGGCCGCACGUGCUCUGA